GGUCAGUGGCCGUGUGGACGGGACGACGUGUUUUUCGUCGGCCGUGGUGGGGCGCGCGGUGGUUACUCUGCCGGGUACGUCGUCGUCGUCGCUGCUGCCGCCGUAGUACUGUUGUAGUAGUAGUAGACGACGCCACCGUCGCCCGUCCGACAGUCGCCGUUCUACAUUGCCGGACGUUUGACGUUACCAGUUCUCCAUCCUCUUCGCGCAUCGCGAUCACAGUACCGAUUCAGUCCUCGAGCGUGAGAGUGCUCGCGCGCGUGUGUGUGUAUACGUUUCGCAAUAUUUUCACCAUUGGUCCGCGAUUCCGGUCGCUCGCCAUCUUCUCACCUGCAACSGGGUCCGUGGAUUACCUACACGCGUAGUCGGACUUUCAAAAAGCUGUCCAAUCGCCUCCCGGUACGGAUGGACUGACACGCAGUGCCGAAAUCGCAGUGGAGACCAUCUAACGAUAUGGACAGAACUUUAUGGAAGAAUACAAUAACUUCAUACGCCGGGUGGUUUACUAAUUCAUUACGUCGACGAAGAUCCAUAUUAUUUGGACUCAUACUCAGCGUUCUCCUUUUUGUAGUAUGUGUACAAUACAACGCGUCUAAUGAUAUAGGCAUCCAAAACAUCCAAAACACUUUAGUAAUGUCCGAGUUUGAUACUGAUGAACAACCUUUGAAUAAACACCAACCACCUGCGCCAAUUUCGGGUACAGUUAUAAAAAUGAAAAAAGAGGAAGAUGUUAAUUUCAUUGAAGAACUACAGGAGCCAGCCCGUAAAAGCCGACGAACUCAGAUCAGUGAACCGCAACAAUCAUUACCGUACGUGCCUCCGCAACGACUAGUGCACAUCGAUUUCAAAGGAGCGCCGCCCAAGCUGAGUUACCUUCAAAAACUUUUCCCAUUAAUAAAAAGAUUCGGCGGUACUGGUCUUUUGCUCGAAUGGGAAGACAUGUUUCCUUGGAGUGGAAACCUAUCUCCAAUGGCUGCCGGAAACGCGUAUUCAAAAGCAGAAAUUAUAGAAAUAUUGAAAAUGGCCGCCGUGAACGGACUGGAAGUAAUCCCGCUAAUACAAACGUUCGGUCACGUGGAGUUUGCAUUGAAAUUACCGGAUUUUGCGCAUCUGAGAGAAGUCCAAGAGUCACCACAAGCACUAUGCCCAUCGUACAACGCUUCGAUGAAGUUUAUCGAACAAAUGGUCGACCAAAUACUCGAACUUCACGGGAAUGUGAACUAUUUGCAUAUCGGAUGUGACGAAGUGUUCAACAUGGGAGAAUGUUUCAGGUGCCGGUCGAAAGCCAGAGAAGAUUUGUUCUUGUCGCACGUCAAGCAAGUUGCUACUUAUGUACGCACGAAAUCCCCAAACACGAUUCCUAUUAUAUGGGAUGAUAUGCUGAGACAUUUGCCCGUAGCCACAAUGCAACUAUACGAUAUUGGGAAAUUAGUGGAGCCGAUGGUAUGGGUAUACGCCGAGGACGUGUAUAGAUUUGUGAUGCAAAGUGUUUGGGAAAAGUAUCAAAUUGUUUUCCCGAAUGCAUGGACAGCUAGCGCCUUCAAAGGGGCAUUUGGAGAAACUCUAUACAUUCCUAACGUUAAGAGACAUUUGGAAAACAAUUUAAAUUGGUUACAACUGAUGUCCAACGAAAAUAGUCGGUUUACGGGUGGUUUCAAAGGAAUCAUCAUAACUGGUUGGCAAAGGUAUGAUCAUUUUGCUGUCUUAUGUGAGGUCUUACCGUCAUCCAUACCAUCGAUGGUUGUUAAUCUUUUGGCAACUACAAAUGGCUACAUGAACCAGUCGCUGCAAACCGAUUUAAACGAAGGACUCAACUGUGGUAUUUUUGGCCACAAUAACGAAUACGACGGAGAUUUUUUAAACUUAAAUAAUGAUCCUCAUCUCUGGGAUCAGUUUUCGAGGUGCACAUUUCCCGGGAAURCAUUUUUCAGGUUGCUGUACAGAUUGCACACAAUUGAAAUAGACUACAAUGAUUUUAUUUUGGUGACCAAAAAGAACCGUGGAUGGAUGACAAGCUACAACGUAGAACAUGAAUUUUCAUCUCCACUUCGUGUCGACGAACUCAUGAAUGAUCAUUCUCGUAUAUACCGAACGCUUUUGUCUAUGGUUAGACCAUUUCAGGAAUCUAUGACUGGAAUAUUUGAUAAAUAUACCAUAUCCGAAUGGAUAGAGCAAAGAAUUUAUCCAAUGAUUAAAGAACUGGAAAAAAUACACAAUGAGGCGCGUGACUUAAAGGCGAAAAAGACAUGGCCUAAAAGACCACUUCCUAUGUUAAAAGAAUUAUUAAGGAUUGGAGUUACUGAACGCGAACUUUCAACACCAUCCAAUGACGGAACGUAAAAAUUUAAUUUUAAUAUUUGACUGUGUUUCUUGCGAACUAGGCGUUAGAAAUAAAUCUUGUAGAUAAAACCAAUAAACUCUACAAGUAUAUAUUCGAGACCUCAAGACAUGGUAUAAGUUGACAAAGUUUCAGGGUUAUGUGUGAACUGCAUUUCAAAAGGGUAUUAUAGUAAUAUAAGUGAUUCUUAGUAAAAUGAUUGAUUAAGUUUGUGCCACCAAGUGUUAGGUUUUGGUCUCUAUAGGAUAUGUGCAAUUUAGUAAAAUAAUACAAUAUAUCAAUAAAAAAAAAAAAACUUCUAUGUAAAUAUAAUCUGACCAAAAUGUAUAAAGUUUAAGAAUCAAACAUGACAUGGGUCCUUAUCCAUUUGGCGCUUGGUCGGAGUGCGCAAAGUUGGAGUAGAUGGUUUAGAAGAAUGCUUCAAAAAUUAAAUGAAAAAAUAAUGUUCGGCAUGGGAUCCCACAAGACUUUACACGAAUACACUACGUGCAGAGUGAUAUUCAAAACCACAGGCCACCGCGGUCUUAUAAAUUUAAUCACAUUGCACUACUAUUUGAGUUGAUGUGUGAGUUGUGCAUAUGACUUUUGAAAAACAUAACUGUGGCAAACGUAUCUUUAUUGUUACAAGAACUCACACAAUAAUCUUGUGCCAUGCAACAGUUUCAUUUUAUCUAUUGAAUACUUAUUCAAUCAUUAAGUUUGUAAAAAAAAAUUAUUUAAAUUUUUAUUAGGUUACAAAAUUUGUUGUGUGCAAAUGUUCGUUUGAAAUUUGCUUGAAUACAUUUUUUUGUGUUACCUU